CCGGCGGACCCCGCGGACUCCGAGGAGCUGGCGCGCUUCCCCGGCCUGCGCGGGCCCACGGGCCAGAAGGUGGUGCGCUUCGGGGACGAGGACAUAACUUGGCAAGAUGAGCACUCUGCCCCUUUCUCCUGGGAAACGAGGAGUCAGAUGGAGUUCAGCGUCUGCUCCUUGUCCAUUCAAGAACCGGGCAGCGGCGCUGGCGGUGAGCCGAGGCAGCCGUCCAAAGCCUCCCAGGGCAGUAAGUCCUCCAGCCUGGACGCCCUGGGUCCCACCCGGAAGGAAGAGGAAGCUUCCUUCUGGAAGAUCAAUGCAGAGCGCUCCCGGGGAGAGGGGCCCGAGGCCGAGUUCCAGUCGCUGACCCCCAGCCAGAUCAAGUCCAUGGAGAAAGGGGAAAAGGUCUUGCCUGCCUGUUACUGGCAGGACCCCGUCCCGAAGGACCGGGAGGCCAAGGCCGAGAGGCCCAGCUACCUCCGCCAGGAGCAGCGCGGCCUUCCCUGCGUCAGCAUGGAGCCCGAGAGACCCCAGCCCGUCCAGGCCUGUACCGGCACCACCCCUUCUGAGCCCGAGGAGAAGCUUCCCUGCCCUGACGCUGGACGAGAGGACGUGGAGGAUGUGGAAGACUCUCUGUUCUCGGAGCCCAUGCCUACUCAGGUCACCUCAAGCAAUGUCGUCUUGAAGACAGGAUUUGAUUUUCUGGACAACUGGUAAAAUGGAUCAGGCAACAGAGUAAUAAUAAUAAAACCAAGAACCCCUAAGUGUUUUCCAAAGUGGUGUGGCGGAGGAGGAUGAAAAGGGCAAUAUCUCCCUGUGUAUUUUCCUGGUUUCUGUACACUCUUUUCUUACUCAUUUGGAAACUGGUAAACAUCGCCUUGUCCAGAUUUUCAGAUUUUUCUCUUUUUUGGUAAAGCCAGAUAUAUAUGCUAUUUUCAAUGAUUUGAUAACAGAAGUUUUACAUUUGGAAUUUUUAAAAGACCGUUCAGGCAUUCAGUAGGUCUCCUAAAUAAAGCCUCUGUUCCCAGUUCCGCCCAGUGCUCCCCCCACCUCAGAGAACGUUUUCUCACCCUGUCACAAAAAAACAUAAAAGCGAUUUCCAUCUCUUUCUCCUUCAGCCUCUCCCCUUUUGAGAUGAGCGGGGUGAACUUUGCUGGGCGGUUGUUGGCGAUGCCCUCCCUCCACGGUAGCAGCUGGCUGGCUGUGACCACGGGAGGGUGACUCCCCUCCGCCAUUCCCACCCAACAUUCCCGGAGGCCCAGGGCUUCCUGACGCCACACUUGGUGUGCCACGCUCCACCCUCGCGUCAUUUCCUGGAAGCCCUCUGUUGGCACACAGCAGAGAUGGUCUUUAAGCUGCCACAACACUGACUAGUCAUCGUUGUUUAAGAGCUGCAUGUUUAAGAGUUUUGUAUUAACUUUUCAUUAUUCUGUAUGUAGACUUAGAGGUCAUAAGGCUGCCGCUUUUCCUGGGCGCGUACUGGCUUCUGCUCUGAGGUUCUUUGCUACUUGCGUGGCCCCGGUGGGUGUUCUGGGUCCUGGGCAUCCACAAGAGUGAGGGCAGAUGACAGGAGCUGGAGGACAGAGCCCUUCUCAUCAGUUGGGGUAGAACCUUCCAGCAGGAGGCUGGCAGGGGCAGUGGACAUCUUUCAUCCCAAGGACUGGUCAGAGUCUCCUAGGGGAUCUCUCCACCUUCCCUGACCACCGGCAGAAGUCGGCUCUACGUGCCUCAGUAGCGCCCCCUGGGGACCCUUGUGGUCAUAUCAACGGUGUCUCUUGUCAUAUCGCCAUCAUCUCUUGGAGGAAGACUGCUGACCAGCGCUGUUCAGAUGGGUGCCCCGGGCCAAGUGGCCCUGCCCCAGGGGUGGGUGGGGCAGGGCGAGGAGGAGUGGGGCCCUUCCCCUGGGAAGCCUGUGCCCUGGCCAGUGGCCCCAAGCUACGUGAGCCUGCCAGACGUUCCCGAGCGUGACCUUCACGUUGCCUCUCACUGUGUUCUCCUCACCUGAAGCCUUAACCCCCUGAGCCCUGCCAGCGAGCGCCCGGGUUCAGCAUCGAAGUGCGUCUUUUUAAAACAUGUGUUUCUGUCUCCUACGAUGUUCUUGAGUGACGUCCGCAGUGUCUUCUCUGGCGCCAAGGUCAAGUGUGUGGUGACUUAUUUCCAGGAAUAUUUUUGCCAAAGCUGCGGCCCGGCCAACUUUUGGCUUGGUUUCUGCCGAUUGCAUGAUGUCCCUAAACCUCAUUUGGCCCCUUGGGGGUGUGGGUGUGACCUUCUUGCACUGGUGACUGGCUACGUUGUGGCAAAUGCAGAUUUCUUCCGGGACCAUUGAAGGAUAGUUGGGACAUGCAAGGGAAAACCGGCUCGUCGGAGCGUGGUGGGGAGGGAAAAGGGCCUAGAAAUCCCAGCGGGAAGAGCACGGCAAGGUGCCAGCCCCUGGUGUCAGCCUCCAAACCUCCUCCCAGCUGGGCUUCCCGCCUGCAGGGCAGGGCGCUGUUUUAGAACCUGCCUUGAAAACAUGGUUCCUUAAAAAGAGAGAUGUACAGGUGUGUGUAUUUCUGGAUGCUGAUUGUGCCAGGGAGGAACUGCGUCUAGGGACAGUUAGCCCGCAGUGGUCUGUUCUCUUGCAAGACGAUUCACAUGUCUUUCCAACUUGCUUGUAAAGCCCAGUUACUGCUUUCAUGUCCUUCCGGGGGCUGAGGGGGUGCGGGGUCGUUGAAAGCCUCCGCCUCCCCCCACCCCUGCAGGUGUCACCCGGGGCCCGCCUCCCAGAGUGUUUAGUGAUCUCUUGUUAAGACAGUGCAUAACGUUUCACGACGGCACAGACUCCUGGGAUGUAAUGUAAAGUCAAAACUUAGGAAAUCCAAAUCGUGUUGGUUUGCUCCGCUUCUGAGAAGGAGAGGUGAUAGGGCCCAGAGGACACAGGUGGUGAGUCCCCGUCCCACCCGACCUGCAGGUCCUUCUUGUACCCCCGUGAUCCAGGCAAAGAUGUCUGCUGCCCCGCCCCCGGCCGGGGGUCUGUUGAGUGCGGAAACGUUAAGCUCUUCGGUUUGCCAUCUCCUCCCCUGCCCCCUGCCAUGUAUCAGGAUGGAGUUCCUAGAACCAGGAGUUUAUAGUUACUUUUAAAAAAUACAUACUUUUCAACAAGCCUGUAUUUGGUUUUGGGGUGUCCCCCACUCCCCCUUCUGCGCACCUGGGAUUCAGCUCAAGGACUUAGCGUCUGGCUUCGGGUGACUGUGUUUUGUAAACUCUCCCCAAGGAAGUCAAUAACCAGUUUCAGUUCUUCCACUUGGGGAUCCCUACCCUGCUCUGUGGGUUCGGGAGCUCUGUCCACUUGGGGACAGCUGGGGUCUGUCACCCAGCCCUCGCCGUGCGCCGCACUUCACGUGGAUGUCAGCCACCUCCCUUUCUCUGCGCCUCCCUUUCUUUGAUACACGUUUUCCAAAACAUGAAAAAUUCUUACAACUUGUAACUUGGUUGUAUUUUAUAUUAAUAGCCUUUAAUAAAGCCAUUUAAAAUA